CAGUGCAAACACUGACAGCUUAUCAAACUGAGAAGUAUAAAAGAGUAGUGUAGUGUACGGAACUGCUUUUUAAAGUAGGGGAUGUGUGAGAGAAGACAAAAUGGCAGUAGGGAUGUCACUGGUCAGUGUCGGAGCAUUAUUUUUUCUUGCGCUGCUCAUUUUGGUACUGAUUGCCAGUCAACGAAACACUCAUUCGCAAGGACAGGAUAAAAAAAGAGUAAAAAUUGGACUUCUGCAGCAUCUGUAUCAGUUUGUUCGCAGUUCUUCAAAACCUUCUCUCCCCGGCCCCCCGAGUCGCUUCCUUAUUGGCAACAUGAUGGAACUGACACACGAUCACUUGCCGAUUCACCUGACCAAUCUGGGCCAACGCUACGGAAGCAUCUACCGCCUAAAAUGUGGAAAAACAACCAUGGUGGUGCUCAACAGUUGUGAAGUCAUCAGAGAAGCACUGGUGAAGAAAUGGUCUGAUUUUGCUGGGCGACCAAUUUCCUACACAGGAGACAUUGUAUCUGGAGGAGGACGUAACAUCUCUCUGGGAGAUUACACCGAGGAGUGGAGGGCACACCGGCGUCUCGUCCACAGUGCCUUGCAGCGCUGCUGCCAGCAGUCUUUACAUGGGGUGAUUGAGAGACAGGCCUUGCAUUUGAGAAAGGUUCUGAUGGAUUAUCAAGAAAGUGCUGUUGACCUCUCAGAAGAUUUUACUGUGGCGGCCAGUAACGUCAUCACCACUUUAGCUUUUGGGAAAGAAUAUGAUAAGACAUCACCAGAGCUGCAGGAGCUGCACCACUGCCUGAACAAGAUCGUUGCCCUGUGGGGCUCCUCGUGGAUUUCAGCCCUGGAUUCUUUUCCACUGCUGAGAAAAUUACCAAAUCCCGUAUUUGCUUGUCUUCUCAAAGAAGUGGCCAGGAGGGAUGCAAUCAUAAAACAGCACCUUAACAGUUACAAGGCACAAAACAAUAUAAACGAAGAUGCUAUAACAGGAUUCCUCCUCCAGGGCCUUGACAAACAUCAAAGCACAGAAAAUGGAGAGCUCCUGACUGAUGUCCAUGUCCACAUGGCGACUGUGGAUCUGAUCAUCGGUGGAACAGAGACCGCUGCAGCUUGGCUCAGCUGGACUGUGGCCUUCCUGCUGCACAGACCAGAGGUGCAGACCAGCGUAUAUGAGGAGCUGUGCAGAGUUUUAGAGGGGCGGUAUCCUAAAUACAGUGACAGACACAGACUUCCUGUGUUGUCCUCUCUUAUCAGUGAGAUGCUCAGACUCAGGCCAGUUGCUCCUUUGGCCGUUCCACACAGAGCCAUCAGGGACAGCAGCAUCGCAGGUUAUUUCAUCCCGAAGAACACGGUCAUCAUUCCCAAUCUUUUUGGAGCACAUCAUGAUCCAGCAGUUUGGUCCGAGCCGUACAGCUUCAAACCUGAGCGCUUUCAGGAGGGAGGUGGCGGCUCCGCUCGCUUCCUGAUGCCUUUUGGAGGGGGUGCUCGGCUCUGCCUGGGGGAGUCUGUUGCCAAAAUCGAACUCUUUCUGUUCACUGCUUACUUGCUGAGAGAUUUCCAGUUUGUCCUUCCUCAGAACGAAUGCUCCCCGCCUGACCUCAGGGGGGUCGCCAGUGUUGUGCUUAAGAUCAAGGCCUACAAAGUUGUGGCGUGUCCUAGGCCUUGAACUAGUCCUUGGGUAGUAGUGUGAACACGUUUUCAUCGCUGUAAAUGUUUUCCUUUUGUUGCAUUUGAGUCAGAAGAAGUUCCUUAACAAAUUCAACAUGUGGAUCAAAACUUCUGGAAAGAACAGAGCGGCAAAAAUGUCUAACCUUAACCUCUGUGUAGCAAUGCACAUGGAUCCAUCUGUAUCUGAUUAUGUACUGGAGACUCUAAUUUUGAAACAAUUAUGGCACCACCAAGUGGACAAACACUGUACAUGCAUGUUGCUUACUUUUUGCAUCUUCAUUUUUUAUUCCAAAGGCUAAAAAGAGUUAUAUGUAGUCAUACUUUAAGAAAAUGAUUAACAUUUUUCUGGAUUUGGUCACCAAAUGUCAUCAAGUUGAAUGCUUAUAAGAACAUAGGAAACAAAUCUAAAUUUGGUCAAAUACUGCGACCAAAUUUACUCAAAAUGAGUGAACUUAUAUUUACACUUGAUGAACAGCUACUUAUGAUUGAAUAUUACAUUUUGUCUAUGAAGAUUUUUUUUUAAAUCAGUAGCUCAAAAAAAUGGUUCAAAUGAACCAAAAUUAUAGCUAAAUUUUACAUGCAUGGUUUUUAGUAAAGUAAAAACCAUAGC